AUGGCCUCAACUUUGUCAACGCUAGGCCACGUUGUCUCCAUUUCACCACCUCAACUCGUCAACACUGUACCACGUCGAUUCUACCACGUUGUACUUCACCACGUUGUCUCAGCGUCAAGGAUUGCGAUGUCGACCCCUGCGACGUCACUUCUUCGGCUUCGAUCGACUUCGGCUUGUGCUAGCCUCGUCGACUUUUCCUGCUGUAACGCGUUGCCACCUUGGUCUCACCUCGUCGCUAUCCACCUCGACCACACUUUGACAAAGCUCUACACCUUGAUUUCAAAUCCACAUCUCUUUAUUGUAACCAAAGCCAAGGAGUCCAGCCUCGCCUCGAUUAUGCAGUUUCACCUCAGCUUCACACCUCACCUCGGUUGCGUGGUAGCCUCACCUCGGUUGCGUGGUAGCCUCACCUCGGUUGCACGGCAGCCUCACCUCGGUUGCGCGGCAGCAUCACCUCGGUUGCACGGCAGCCUCACCUCGGUUGCGCGGCAGCCUCACCUAGGUUGUGCGGCAGCCUCACCUCAUUUGCGCGGCAGCCUCACCACGGUUGCGCGCCAGCCUCACCUCGUUGCCGCCGUACCGCGUCGAAUCUAG